CGAGAUUCUCAUUUCAUUUGAAUAUUUGUUGAAUCUUUUCCUACUCUUCUUUCGAUUUUAAUCUUAUUGAAGGAAAAGGGUGUUGAUUUGUUAUGCGAAUGGGAUUAUCUUUUUCAUGGCCAUAUGCAAAUCUCAAGGACCUUGAUGAUCACAUGGAAUCUAUCCUUUCCAAAUCAUUAAGUUUGAAUGAAAAAGAUGUGAGAAGGGUGUUAAGAUCCCUAAGUUUUGAUGAUCAUCGUGGUUCUUGCAAGCUUGCAAAGAUGAGAUCAUCUGGUUCAAGUGGGAUGAUUGGAGGGUCUCUAAGCUUUAAUGGGAGGGAAAUCAACAGAGUUUCUUCCUUAAAACGUUCUUCUAACGAAGAAUACUACACACCUGCAGCAAGUCCUGAAGCAAAGAGGGUUGAAUCACCAAAGCCACUCAUGAACCCUGAUCUGGCUGCAGUGAAGCUACAGAAAACAUAUAAAAGUUUCAGAACCAGAAGACAGCUAGCUGAUUGUGCAGUUUUGGUGGAGCAAAGCUGGUGGAAGCUGUUAGAUUUUGCUGUGCUGAAAUGCAGCUCGGUAUCAUUCUUUGAAGUGGAGAAACCAGAAACUGCUGUUUCGCGUUGGUCAAGAGCAAGAACCCGAGCGGCUAAGGUUGGUAAAGGCUUGUCAAAAAACGAAAAGGCACGUAAACUUGCCUUACAACAUUGGCUCGAGGCUAUUGAUCCUCGACAUCGCUACGGUCAUAAUCUUCAAUUUUAUUAUGCCAAAUGGCUUCAUUGCGAGAGUAGACAGCCCUUUUUCUACUGGCUCGACAUUGGGGAAGGGAAAGAGGUGAAUCUUGAACGAUGCCCACGACUAAAGCUUCAGCAACAAUGCAUCAAGUAUCUCGGACCUAUCGAAAGGGAGGCUUAUGAAGUUAUAGUGGAAGACGGAAAAUUCAUGUACAAGCUAAGCAAGACGGUGAUUGAUACAACUGGUGGACCGGAUGACGCCAAGUGGAUAUUCGUGCUUAGCACGUCAAUGGUUUUGUAUAUCGGGACGAAACAGAAAGGCAAAUUUCAACAUUCAAGUUUUCUAGCAGGCGGAGCUACGAUAUCUGCUGGACGAUUGGUGAUCGUAGAUGGUACUCUUAAGGCUAUUUGGCCUCACAGCGGACAUUAUCUCCCGACCGAAGAAAAUUUUGAUGCUUUUUUAUCAUUCCUUGAGCAGCACAAUGUCGAUCUCCAUGCCGUCAAGAAAAGCCCAGAUGAUGAGGAAGAAUUUCCUAAUGAAGUGGCUGGAUUCGGGAUGCGAAACAGCGUAUCAGAACCCACUAUCUUUCAAGGUACGAUAGCAACGACUACCAAAAGCUACCAUCGGAAGAACUCUAAAUCAAGAAAGGAUCGAUAUAGCAAUCGCCUGCAAAUGACACGUGAUCUGAAGGCGAGGAUAACUACACUUGAAAUCCCCAAAAAUGAAAGCAUUAUACUGGCUUUUCAGCAAAAAGCUCUAGAAUCUGAACCCGAAUCUGAACCUGAAUCUGACUCUGAUUCUGACUCCAACUCUGACAGUGCCUCCGAUUACGAUACAGCAGAGGAGUUUUUCUCUGAUAUCGAACUUAUGGUUUCCAAAAGGAACCUAUUCGAUUAUGGUGAAGAAGAUGAAGCCUAUAACAAAUCCGUCCCAAAGGAGAAGAUCAUGCAGCGGAUAAAUUCACAUAAAGAAAAUAAGUCAUUUCAGUUGGCUAAGCAACUUAGUUGUCGAUGGACGACGGGAGCCGGGCCCCGUAUUGGAUGUGUUCGGGAUUACCCAUUGGAGCUACAAGCCCGAGCAAUGGAAGAAAUGUGUUUGUCGCCUAAAAGUACUUCCACAUCCCCUCGAAGAUUUGGUUUCGGUAUGCAUCUAGAAACAAGUAGUCCGGCCAAGAAAAAGCCCGAAAAAAGCCCACUUUUUUCGAAAAAUUAGUUUAGAAAUCAAGACCAGUUUCAGGAAAUCCUGAAACUGGACUGGGUUUCUAGAAAAGGGGAAGUAAAGAUUGCAGGAUUCUUUUUUGUAAUAUUCUGUUGGUGCUGCCAAAAAAUUGCAUCACCAUGAAUCUUGAAAUUAGAUGGAGUUUUCAAGAAAUUUUAGAAGCUCCAACUGUUUUAUUUAAAUUUUUUUUUUAAGACGGAUGGAAUUCUUUGUAAUGUUAUGUU